CCUCCAUCCCCUCCUCUCUCCCUCCUCUGCUGGGCCUGGGGGUCUGGGCCAGCAACAAGUUAGUAUUGCAGACAUGGGCCAAGGAGCCAGAGGCCAUGCAGUGGCUCAGGGUCCGUGAUUCGCCUUGGGAGGCCACAGGACACAGGGUCACCAUGGGGAUAGCCGCCCUGGGUCCCCUCUGGGCAGUGCUCCUGCUCUUUCUCCUGAUGUGUGAGGUCCCUAAGGUGGAGCUCACCUUUGACAGAGCUGUGGCCAGCGGCUGCCAACGGUGCUGUGACUCUGAGGACCCCCUGGAUCCUGCCCAUGUGUCCUCAGCCUCUUCCUCCAGCCUCCCGCACGCCCUGCCUGAGAUCAGACCCUACAUUAACAUCACCAUCCUGAAGGGUGACAAAGGGGACCCAGGCGCAAUGGGCCUGCCAGGGUACAUGGGCAGGGAGGGUCCCCAAGGGCAGCCUGGCCCGCAGGGCAGCAAGGGCGACAAGGGGGAGAUGGGCAGCCCCGGCGCCCCGUGCCAGAAGCGCUUCUUCGCCUUCUCAGUGGGCCGCAAGACGGCCCUGCACAGCGGCGAGGACUUCCAGACGCUGCUCUUCGAAAGGGUCUUUGUGAACCUCGAUGGGUGCUUUGACAUGGCGGCUGGCCACUUUGCUGCUCCCCUGCGCGGCAUCUACUUCUUCAGCCUCAAUGUGCACAGCUGGAACUACAAGGAGACGUACGUGCACAUCAUGCACAACCAGAAGGAGGCCGUCAUCCUGUACGCACAGCCCAGCGAGCGCAGCAUCAUGCAGAGCCAGAGCGUGAUGCUGGACCUGGCCUACGGGGACCGCGUCUGGGUGCGGCUUUUCAAGCGCCAGCGCGAGAACGCCAUCUACAGCAAUGAUUUCGACACCUACAUCACCUUCAGCGGCCACCUCAUCAAGGCUGAGGACGACUGAGGCCCUCUGGGCCAUCCUCCUGGCCGGAGAGCCCAGGUGCUGGUCCCAUCCCCUGCGGGGCUCAGUUUGCAUCGCUGUGAAGCAGGAAGGCCAGGGAGGUCCCCUGGGACCUGGCAUUCUGGGGAGACCCUGCUUCUUUCUUGGCUGCCAUCGUCCCUGCCAGCCUAUUUCUGCUCCUCUCUUCUCUCUUGGACCUAUUUUAAGAAA